CCAGGGUCACCAACGGGGGCAAGACCACCCUCACCCGCAGGCUGAUGCAGGCCCUGCCCAACUGCAGCGUGGUGCACCAGGACGACUUCUUCAAGCCUCAAGAUGAAAUAGAAGUUGAAGAUGGCUUUAAGCAGUACGAUGUGAUCAGUGCGUUAGACAUGGAGGCGAUGAUGAGUACCAUAAGUGCUUGGAUAAAGAACCCAGUUAAGUUUGAACGCUCCCAUGGGAUCAACAACACGCUGGAUGCCCAGAUCUCACCAGACAGGGAGGGAGGAGAUGAAGUGAUCCACAUCCUUAUUAUCGAGGGCUUCCUGCUUUACACCUACAGGCCCCUGAUUGAUGUAUUCCACCAUCGGUACUUUCUUUCCAUUCCAUAUGAGGAGUGUAAAAGGAGAAGAAGUUCAAGGAAUUACACUGUACCCGAUCCACCUGGAUUGUUUGAUGGCCACGUUUGGCCUAUGUAUGUAAAGCACAGGAAGAUAAUGGAAGAUCUUGGUGUUGACGUGGUGCACUUGAAUGGAACAAAAUCCAAGGAAGAACUGUUUAAUGAGGUAUAUGGACAGAUCCAAAAUAAGAUUGAAGAAUUACUUAACAUGCAGAAAUAAGCUUCUACUGAUUCUUGCAACUGAAGAUGACUCCUGUUUGCUCUGUGCUGUCUACCUGACUGCCACUAAAGUUCCAGCUUCUGUGAAGACUCAACUCCUGAAUUUGGCUUCAUUGAGUUUUCUCCUGAAACUGAGUUACAUAUGGUCAUUAAAAAGCAUUUCCCCCUCA